UAUUGAUAUUUCUGAUGGAGUUUUGAACUUUGAUGUUUCAUGAGUAAAUUGCUUUUGCCAAUUUGCCCAAUUCACUUGACAGUUGUGAUAUUUUGUGAACUUUAGUGGCCGAAAAUUUGUAAUAAAUUAAAGGCUUGUGUAAAAUCUAUCAACUAAAAUGCCGUCGAAGCAAAGGAAAAUUGCAAUGAUGGGCUACAGAUCUGUUGGAAAAUCUUCCCUUAUUAUACAGUUUGUUGAAGGCCAAUUUGUAGAUUCAUAUGAUCCAACUAUUGAAAACACUUUUACAAAAUUCAUCCGAUUAAAUUCAACAGAGUAUGAAGUAAAGUUAGUGGAUACAGCUGGUCAGGAUGAGUAUAGUAUAUUUCCUCUCCAAUACAGUAUGGAUUUUCAUGGCUAUGUUUUAGUGUAUUCUAUCACCUCAAGUAAAAGCUUUCAAAUUGUUCAAAUAAUAUAUGACAAAUUGUUAGACAUGGUUGGGAAAAUACAUGUUCCCAUUGUUUUAGUUGGAAAUAAAACAGAUCUCCAUUUAGAAAGAAAGAUCAGUACAGAGGAAGGAAAGAGAUUGGCUGAAAAAUGGAAUGCUGCUUUUGUAGAAACCAGUGCUAAAAGGAAUGAGUCUGUUACGGAUAUGUUUCAUGCGAUGCUCUCUGAAAUAGAAAGAUCAGAUGGGCAUAUGCCUGAAAAAAGUGGAUGUACUAUAUGUUAAGAAAAGACUAAAUCAAAGUGCUUGAUGUGAUUAUAUUUUCGUGCACAGCAGUAACAGUAGCUAUUAUAUUUAGCAAUUAAAUUAUGUUGUGUUCACUUGUAUGUAAUGGAUAUGAACAGUUUAAAAGUUUUCUUUUAUCAUAAUUUUCAAAGUGGAGUAGUAAUUACCAUAUACGGCUAUUGUGACUGUAAUUAAUACAAAUACAUUACACUUCAAUCAGUAAGUAAAAAUUGGUCUUUUAAGUAAGUUAAAAUAGAAAUAAAAUUUAUUUAAUAAGUAUCCAAUUUCAGUGCCCUUUUUGUUGUUCCAGCUUUCAUUCUAAAUAUAUACUUUUAAAAAGCCCCAAAUUGAAUAAAGAGCUGAAAGCAAUGAAGGGCAUUUCAUGUUGUUAUAUUUCAGUUUUUAGUUUUUACAGUUUUAGUAAAAGAGUUUUUUUCUUCCCAAUAGUCUGAAGCACUAUUGGGAAGAAAAAAAAGUGUUUUUUAUCAUUCUGAGGGACAGUUUGAACUAUCUCCACUUGAUGGUAAAGUCAAUAUAGCCUAAGUAUGAUACUAAACCUGUAUACAGGUUUUCUUGUGAACAUUACAUUAUACAGUUGAACCUCUUAAAGGCUCGCCUUGAUAAGUUGAAAACCUACCUAACUUGUAAUUAUUGUUAUAUAUUAUGUUUUGAACAUUCCUUGAUUCCACAUACUGCAAGGGAUGUUUGUAAACUGUGUUUCCACCCAGCACCACAAUAGACACAAUUUAAUGUCACUCAAUUUCAUAUAACUAUUGUAAUUCUUGAAUAUUUAUGAUGUCAUAAUUAGGCGAGGGUAGAUAAGUGCAAUGUUAAGCAUAACUCAAAUUUCAUAUGUAGAAUAAAAAUAUUAAUAGGGUAUUUGACUCCUUAACAAUUACUUCCUUAGAACCUAAUUUAAAAAUAAUAAUGUACACUUAUAAACAAAAAUAAUUUAGCAAAGAAAGUGUGAAAGAGUAGGGAAGUAGGGAGUCUUCAGCCCCUUUUUCGCGAAAAGAAAAUUUCUAUGAAGGUAUAUAAGUUAUGUAAAUUUCUAUGGUCUAUGGCAUAUGGCAUGCAAAAUUUUCGCUUUGCGAGAAAAGGACAGAAUUCAAUUCGCCUUAUGGUGGAUUUACACAAUCGCGUGAAUCGCGAGGCCAAUAAUGAAUACGCAUGUGUUAACACUACGCACGUUAUGCGCCUUGGGAUUUGCAUAUCCGUGAUAAGACCAGUUUUUCGUACAUAAUCAUAGGAAAGAAAAUGUAUGAACAAUGGUCAGUUUAACAUUUUUUAUUACAAACUCUUAUAAAUUAAAAGUCUCGAGUCAAAUACCGUAUAGUCAAUCUAGAAAAUAAGCUUCAAAAUUUUGUGGUACAUUAGCUUUGUGGAUCCAUUAUAUUGCAUGUCAGCAAAAUAUUAUAUCAAGAGCAUGGUGAAACCAAAAAUAGUUCAAAAAAAUUACAUAAUAAUUUGUUUAUAUAUAGCAUUUUCUAUUGUUAUAAGUACAUCAAAUAUUUAUUUGUAUCCAUUUAGAUUUAAGUGUGUAUGAUAAAUUUUGUCUGAAAAGAUAUUAAAUUAUGACUUAAGUUUUUAAAUUUAAAUCUUAAUCUACAUGUCAUAGGCCAAGCUUGAAAGAGAACUAUCAGUAGAUAAGAAAUAUAAUUAUUUUGUUUUUAUGUUAUGACUGAUUCCAGACUUAUUUACAAUUGAAAAGCUGUUGGGCCCUUCUGUUUAUAAAUUAUAUAUAUAACAUAGUGUACUCGAUUGGUUAAGAAUUUGAUCAACGAAAACAGUUUACAAUUUAUAUUACGAAAAUGUGUUAGAUUGCAUUUAGUAAAGUGAGCAUACAUGGUACCCAUACUAUUUUAAUUGUUUUAUAUGUGUUUUUUUAACCAAUCAACGUGAUUAUAGGAUAAUAUUAUGACUUAAGUACUUUGUGUCUGUUAUAAAAUUAAACAUUGUUUUCAAUAGCUUUUUUAUCGGCUUUUAAAAAUAAUGUGUAUAGAAAUUAUUUAUAACUGAUCAGUCUAGAUUUUUUACCUUACAUUUAUAUCGAUGUUUUAUUGAAUUAUGCUGUAAUCGUUUUAGUUAGCGGUAUUAAUAUUUUAAGUUCCAUCGAAAUAUGGGACUAAAAUUCGCUUGUAGUAUAGUUGGUUGAUUGCAGUACCAAAUAAUGCUAACAUCCUUAAUUAAAAAAAUUGUAUUAAAAAGAAAGUUUUUCAAAUCUACCUAACAUUUUUUUUUUGUUUUUUUUUUCUUGAUAAUUCAGUAUUCACCGAAAUGGUAUGGAAUGGUAGGUACCUUCCUCUCCAGAGACAUGCAGUGACCUUUUUUUAAAGAAAUUGUUAUAGUACAUAUGAGAAACUCUUAUUAUUUGUAAUCUUGAAUCUGGAAUGUUAAUAAAAAUUGUGAAUAAUUGUGUGCGGCAAUAAUAGGGCCAUUUCAAUUUGAAAGAAUAGCACAAAGUGUAGUAGAAUCUUUUUAUACAGCAAAGUUUUUGGUCUUAAUGUUGGUACUUUGAUUGAAACUUUUCGGUAAUUGCAUAUAUUGUAGAAGAAAAAUUUAUUCCAGGACACAGACGAGAACAAUGUAUGAUACCUAAUUUUAAAGUGGAAUCUGAUGAUUUUUUUUUUGAUGUUGCUGUGACAAAUUUUAUAAAAAAGUUAACAUUCAUAGUACUUUUUAGGGAUUUGUUUUGGUUAAAACGGGUGUUAACGUUAAUAAAAAGGUGUGAUUUCAUAAAGAACUACUCUUGUAUGCGAAGAAUUAUUUUUAAUAUCAUUCUAAUAAGAUUUAUGAUGUCGCUUAAUAAGUGGAGCAAAAUAAAAUGCCUCACAAUCUGAAUAAAUAUGUGAACAUAUAUCAUGCUUAGUUUCCUAAAACAAUGUAGGUACUUACUACAAAUACAUACUGUAAAAUAUUAAAUUUACACAUAAUGGCCUAUUACUAGAUAUGUAAUAUUUACAGUUACUUAAUAAAACUAAUUUUAUUUUGUCAUACUAUUUUGUUACAAAAAAUACUGGCAAAAGAAAGACCAUAAAAGGGUUGAAAAUGUAAAUGAUUUAUUAAUAAUAGAGUCUUAUAUUAUAAUUGUGAUUUAUGUACACUGAUUUUAAUGUAGUGUUUUGCGUAAUACUAGAAUCAAUGUAGUGAAAUAGGACUCUUUAUUUCUAGAUAGUAUAGUUUAUAUGAAUAUUGCGUGAUCGGCUGUAGCAUAGAAUGUAAUUAUGUAAAUAUUUUUAUUUAAAGCUAUUAGACAAAGUGGCACAAAUUAUAAAUUUAGAAUAUCAUCAAGUCAAGUCAAUAAAGAUUAUGAAAAACUGAAAA